GAAUGUGGUAUCCGUGCUUUUGCGCUCCUCAAUUAGCUGUGGUGCCAUUUGAUGUGGUCUGGGGAACUCGAAGUAGGCUCAGGAAACGGUCCCGUAUCUAACAACGCCACAACGAAUGCAACUAAACAUGGUAUAGGAAUCGACAUAACACGACAAAUUUCCAGAUUUGCUAUCAAGCGAAGACGGAGCGAGCCAUCAAGGUGACUCGAUGGAAAUCGGGGAGCAGACGACGACGACGAGGUCUCCUGGCAGCAGCGGCUCCACAUCUACGCAGAGAACAACCAUGGCCCUGCGGGGGCAGCCGCACAGGCUGUACCGCGCCUUCCUGCUCGCCUUCAACGUGCUGCUCAUGGUCAUCGCGGGCUCGGUCGCCUCUGUGGGCCUCUUCGCCUUCUCAGAACGCAGGCGCCCAGGGGCCACGUACUUCAGCACGCUGGUGAUGCGCCUCAGCGUGAACCUGGAGCUGGCGGCGGUGGUGGGCGGCGGCGCGGUCUUCUCGGCCGCCGUGCUGGGCUUCCUGGGCGCCCUGCGCGAGAACCUGGCCGCGCUGCGGCUGUACGCGCUCGCCAUGACCGGCGUCGCAUUCGUCGCGUUCGUCGGCACGGCUGCCGUCACGCUCACGCCCUUCCUCGCGAACAACGUCUUCCACAGGUACAUGCAGCCGGACCUGGUGAGGUACUACAGGCACAGCGCCGACUGGGACGACCUGGUGGACCACAUGCAGCACAGCUUCCAGUGCUGCGGCAUCGGACCCCUCGCUUACCAGGACUGGGACCGAAACGGCCGCUACCGAUGUGCACCCGGCAACCCCAGCCACGAGCGAUGUUCCGUCCCCGAGUCCUGCUGCCGGGUCAGGAGCGCCGGCUGCGGUAGGAACGUGCUAUCAAAGAGCUGGGACGAGGCGAAAAAGCAGAUCUACGGCGACAGCUGUCUGGACAGCGUGCUGAGCUCGGUGCGCCGCAAUGUGGUGGUCAUCGGCGGCGUGGCACUGCUCGCCUCCAUCGGCCUGCUGCUUGUGGUGGCCACGACGCGAGACUUCAUGAAGGGGAUACGGGCCGCCUCGCAACCACCGCCCUCGGACAAGCCCCGCAAGGUCUCCAGUUACGUGGACCCCACGGAGGCGUCGUCGUCGUCGUACGCACAGGCCAGCCAGCAUCAGCCUUCGCUGGUGCCCCCGCCGCCCUACAGCUACCCCGCUUACUACUACCAGCCGCAGUAAAGAGAGAGACGCCUCCUGCGUGUGCGUUUCGUCUGCGCAAGCGGGUCAGUUUAGAGCAGCCACACGAAGGCGGAGGAAGUCAUGCGCGCAUAUUAAGCUACGGCUGUUCCUUCGUUUGUUUUCUUGGUGUCUGUAUACACGGACGCGCAUAUUUCGCUUAAGGUGUUCGAAAAAAAAAAACAUUUUGCACUUACCGCUGUAUUGUUAUAUUGCUCGAAGUUUUCCGAAAGAUGGCAUAUUGAAUCUACUUCCCUCAGUGGAAUACGCACCUGGCAUGGCUAACUGCCAGGUGUCUGAGAAAAAAGAAAUUGACGGCCCUUCCGCUACUGUGAAUAGGGCUGCAAUCGAAGUUCGGGAUCCGCGGCUCCUCGUUGUCGUAACGCGUCGGCUUCGCGCUCCGUCACGGCGAGAGAAAGAGAGAAUAAACUUUAUUCAAGAGUCCCGGACCGGGUUCACCCGCUUUGUUCUAGUUGUCUGCCAAGCCGAGCGUCGUGAUGAGCUCGAACAUGGCUUGUACAUAGUCGG